CUUACGGAGUACAGUAUGCACGCACAUACGGACGAGAGUCGCUCACCACUAACAGACAGGCACGAGGGUUGGCACGGGCUAUGUUGGAAGGUUUCUACAUGUUUUAGGCUUAUCACAAAUCUGCACUCAUACUACAGGUGUCUUCUGUACACAACAAAGAUGCAGUUGCUGGGGAUUCAGUUCGCUCCGUUGUAUGUCCCACUGGAGCGAAGAUUGCAGACUCUGGCUGCAGGCUCAUGGUUUGUCGCCUUCGCGUUUGGUCCAUUCAUCUGCUUCUUUGCCGCAGUCUACCUGUUGCUGUAUACAAGCUACACUUACCUCAUGCUGCUGUACAUUGGCUGGCUUGUUCUGGACCGGAGAGUAGCUCACUCUGGUGGACGAAGAUUAGAAACAGUGCGCAACUGGAGUUGGUGGUAUUACUUCAAUUCAUACUUUCCACUGAGUCUGCACAAAACAGCUGAGUUGCCCCCCACCACUAACUACCUCUUCUGUGUCUACCCGCAUGGUAUGCUGUGUUCAGGGGCAUUUGGAAACUUUGCUACAAACCAGUCCGAUUUCAAAACUCUUUUCCCAGGCCUCACGUCUUACCUGCUCACCAUAAAUGCAGCGUUUAAUAUGCCGUUGUCUCGAGAACUUAUUCUUGGAUUAGGAUUCUGUGCUGCCUCGAGGGAGAGCAUCUUACACCUCCUGCAGGACCAAUCACAUCCCAAGGCUGUUGUCCUCAUGGUGGGAGGGGCCUCGGAAGCAUUCAAGUGUCACCCAGGAACCUACAGGAUCAUCCUCAGGAAGAGAAAAGGCUUUAUAAAAGUUGCAUUGGAAACUGGAACACCUAUAGUUCCAGUGUUUUCUUUUGGUGAGACUAACUUGUACGAUCAAGUGACAAACCCUCCCGGAUCUUGGCUCUAUGUCAUCCAGAACACUUGCCGCAAGAUCCUGGGCAUUGCUCCGUGUAUUCCCAUUGGUCGAGGACUCUUCCAGUACAACUUUGGAGUCAUCCCACGACGCCAUCCUGUGGCCACUGUUGUUGGAAAACCAAUCCAGAUUCCAAAAAUUGCAUCACCUCCUGCAGAAGUCGUGGACGAGCUACAUAACAGGUUUACCUCUGCCUUAAUUCAGCUGUUUGAAGAUAAUAAACACAAGUAUGAAGCAGACCCAGAAAAUUGUACUUUAAUAAUAGAGUAAUUAAUAGUCAAAGGUAAUACAUUUUUUAUGUUAAGUCAUAGCUUGGGCCAGUAAAUAUCGAAUUAACAUUAAGUAAGCUAAAUUAUGAACCUGUGCUUUUAUUCCAAAAGUUUUGUUGCAUCCAUCACCUUUUAAAAUUAGUUUUUGGUUAGAGCUAAAGAUUUUUUAGAUAUGGAUGAGCUAUGAGCUGUUCAGUUGCACACAUAAAAACUUGACACCCAAAAUGUAAGUAAAUUAUACUUUUAUGGUUUAGUGGGUAGAUAGUUAGCACAUAUAGUAUUACAGAAGGCAAUAUGUAUUUAUAAAUGUAUAUAAAUAAAUAUAUUUAAUAAAUUAUUCCAACAAACUGUGAGGAUAGCAAACUAAAUCAUUUCAUCUCUAUUUAGUAAUUUGGAAUUGUUUUUAUAUGUACCGGUAUGUAUUUAGUUAUUUAUUAUGCAUAAGCAAUUUAAUAUUUUUAAAUAUAAGUUUGUAAUGUAUUUAACUGUGUAUUGUUGUAUUGACAGAGUUAAUUUUUUAUUGUGUUUUUGUUUAAAAUGUUCCUAUUAAAUAAAGU